UUGGUACAGUAUUAUUGUGUAUAUUAUUAUUCUCUAUUUUUAGUAAAGCCUACACACUGCUAAGUGUGAUUUUAAAUACUGAUGCUGUAACGAAAGAACUUCCCACUCGGGAUCAAUAAAGUAUUUAUUAUUAUUAUUCUCCAGCCCUAUAUCUCUUUCACCAAUCAACCACAGCUCGCCUUUACUCACCUCAUCUCUCCCCACAUUCCUACUCCCUCCCUUCCUCCGGCAUUUUGUGGGUGUUGCUUUAGAUUUUCGCAUCUGCAGGUUUUCUCCUGUUUAAACCAAUGCGCAUGUGUCGUCGGCGCCACCCAUCCCGAAUAUCGCGCAUGCGCUGAGUAGACGAGAUGCUAACAACAUUCGGACAAAGGUUUGAAAUGGCAGAACACUUGUGUACGGGAAUCUCAAACACAACAACACAUCAGUUUUGCUGACUCUGUCUGGAUAUUUAAGGAGUGACCAGAUAUUUUCUUUGCAACACCAACAUAUCUGUUGUUGAUCCUUGGAGAUGAAGAAUUAUCUCAUCCUGGCUGGCAAUGUAUUCUGUCUCUGAAAUGAAGUUUUCUGUGAAAUUCUCUGUAACCGAGAGCUGAGAACACACCAGCAUUUGUUCACUGGAGAUCAGUUCUUCAACUGCAUUGAUUGUACAAGGGAUUCAAACGUCUGACUUUCUGAAUUGCCAGAGAAUUGAUCAUAGUGAGAUAUCAUUCUCCUUCUCUCUGUGGGAAGGGAUUCACUCACACCCUACCCGCAGACACAUCAGUGAGUUCAACGUGGGGAGAGGCCAUUCACCCAACUCAGGGUGAGGGAGGGGAACUACUCAGUCAUCCAGUCUGAAGAUACAUAAGUAAGUUCACACCAUAGUGAGAUACUCCACCUGUUCUGCAAGUAGGAAGCCAGUCAGUUCUUGAUGCUGAAGGUAUAUCAGAAAAUUCACCAGUGAGAGGACAUUGACCUGCUCCAACAGUGGGAAGGCAUUCACACACUCAACCACACCACAGUGACACCAACGAGUUCACACCGGGGAGAAGCCAUUUUCCUGCUCCGAAUGUGGGAAAGGGUUCACACAGUCGUCUCAACUGAAUGAACACCAGCGAGUUCACACUGAAAAGAUGUCGUUCAGCUGCUCAGACUGUGGGAAGGGAUUCACUCACUCUUCCAACCUACGGAGACACCAGCGAGUUCACACUGGGGAGAGGCCAUUCACCUGCUCAGACUGUGGGAAGCGAUUCAUUCAGUCAAAUCAGCUGCUACAACAUCAGUUAGUUCACACUCAGGAGAGGCCAUUCACAUGCUCUGAAUGUGGGAAAGGAUUCACCAAGUCAGGUAAUCUGAAGGAACAUCGGCGAGUCCACACUGGGGAGAAGCCGUUCACUUGCUCUGAAUGUGGGAAGGGAUUUGCUCAGUCAUCUAAACUGAAGUUACAUCAGCGAGUUCACACUGGGGAGAGGCCAUUCACCUGCUCAGACUGUGGGAAAGGCUUUACCCAGUCAGGUAAUCUGAAGUUACACCAGCGAGUUCACACUGGGGAGAAGCCGUUCACUUGCUCUGAAUGUGGGAAAGGAUUCACCCAGUCAUCUGAACUCAAGUCACAUCAGCGAGUUCACACUGGGGAGAGGCCAUUCAAAUGCUCAGACUGUGGGAAAAGAUUUACCCAGUCAGGUAAUCUGAAGUUACACCAGCGAGUUCACACUGGGGAGAAGCCGUUCACUUGCUCUGAAUGUGGGAAGGGAUUUGCUCGGUCAUCCGAACUUAAGUUACAUCAGCGAGUUCAUGCUGGGGAGAGGCCGUUCACCUGCUCUGAAUGUGGGAAAGGAUUUAUCCAGUCAAGCCACCUGCUACAACAUCAGUUAGUUCACAUUGGGGAGAGACCAUUCACCUGCUCAGACUGUGGGAAGGGAUUCAUUCAUUUGUCCAGUCUACAGAGUCACCAGCGAAUUCACACUGGGGAGAAGCUGUUCACUUGCUCUGAAUGUGGGAAAGGAUUCACUUGGUCGUCUCGCCUGAAGGAGCAUCAGUUAGUUCACAAUGGGGAGAAGCCAUUCACAUGCUCUGAAUGUGGGAAAGGAUUCACCAAGUCAGGUAAUUUGAAGGAACAUCAGCGAGUUCACACUGGGGAGAAGCCGUUCACUUGCUCUGAAUGUGGGAAGGGAUUUGCUCGAUCAUCUGAACUGAAGUUACAUCAGCGAGUUCACACUGGGGAGAAGCUGUUCAUUUGCUCUGAAUGUGGGAAGGGAUUUGCUCGGUCAUCCGAACUUAAGUUACAUCAGCGAGUCCACACUGGGGAGAAUAUCGUUCACCUGCUCAGACUAUGGGAAGGGAUUCACUCAAUUGUCCAACCUACAGAGACAUCAGCGAGUUCACACUGGGGAGAAGCUGUUCCACUGCUUUGAAAGUGGGGAGGGAUUCACCCAGUAAUCUCAAUUGAAGUCACAUCAGCAAGUUCACCCUGGGGAGAGGCCAUUCACCUGCUCAGACUGUGGGAAUAGAUUCACUCACUCCAACCUACGGGGUCAUCAGCGAGUUCACACUGGGGAGAAUCCAUUCAUCUGCUCAGAACGUGGGAAGGGAUUCACCUUUUCAGUUCAUCUGAAAGAACAUCAGUUUGUUCACACUGUGGAGAGGCCGUCCACCUGCUCACUCAUUCGGCAUUCUCAUCUACUGACACACCAGUUAGAUGACACUGGGGAGAGGCCAUUCACCUGCUCUGAAUGUGGUAAGGGAUUCACUCGAUCAUCUACACUGAAGGUGAAUCAGUGACUUCAUACUAGAGAGAGGUCGUUCAUCUGCCCUGAAUGUGGUUCUCUGUUCUAAAUGGCUGUACUUCAAUCCUGAAGUCAUGCCCUCUUCUCCAAGACUCCCGUACCAUGGGAAAUGACUUUCCCAUAUCUAGUCUAUUCACAGCUUUUAACAUUCAUAGUGUGUCCAUGAGAUCACCAUUCCCCCUUCCACAUUCUCCUGAAAUCCAGGGAAUACAGCACAGGAGCUGCCAGAUGCUUUUCGUACGGAAACCCUUUCAUUCCUGGAAUCAUUCUAGUGAAUCUUCUCUGAACAUUCUCCAAAGUCAGUACAUCCUUUCUAAAAUACGGAGCCCAAAACUGCACACAAUACUCCAAGUGUGGUCUCACGAGUCCUGUAUACAGCCUGAACAUCACAUCCCUGCUCUAAUAUUCUAUACCUCUAGAAAUGAAUGACACCAUUGCAUUCACCUUCUUCACCACUGACUCAAUCUAGAAGAUAACCUUUCAGGUAUCCUGUAUAAGGACUCCCAAGUUCCUUUGCAUCUCUGCAUUUUGAAUUCUCUCCCGAUAUAAAUAAGCAUCUGGCUGUUUAUUUCUCCCACCAAGGUGCAUGACCAUACACUUUCCAACAUUGUAUUUCAUUGGCUACUUCUUUACCCAUUCCCCUAAACUAUCUAAAUCUCUCUGCAGGCUCUCUGUUUCCUCAGCACUACCCACUCUUCCACCUAAUCUUUGUAUCAUCAGCAGAUUUAGCCACAAAUCUAUUUAUCACAUAGUUGAAAUCAUUGACAUACAGCGUAAAAAGUGCUGGUCCAAACAUGACCACUGUGGAACUCCAGUGGUAACCGGCAGCCAACCAGAAUAGGAUCCCACUAAUCCCACUCUAUUUUCUGUUGAUCAGCCAAUGCUCCACCCAUGCUAGUAACUUCACUCAGAUUACAAGGGCUCAUAUCAUACUAACAGCCUCAUGUGCAGCACGUUGUCAAAGGCCACUGAAAAUCCAAGUACAGCAUAUCUACUGCAUCUUCUUUGUCUACUCUACUUGUAAUUUCGUGAAAGAAUUGCAGUUGGUUAAUCAGGCAGGAUUUUUCUUUCAGGAAACCAUGCUGGCUUAAUCUCGUCCCUAUCAAUCGAUUCCAACAACUUCGCAACCACUGAAGUCAGGCUAACAGGCCUAUAGUUUCCCAUCUGCUGCCUCCCACCUUUCUUACAUAGCGGUGUAACAUUUGUAAUUUCUCAGUCAUCCAGUACAAUGCCACAAUCCAUCGAUACCAGAAAGAUCAUUGUUAAUGCCUCGGCAAUCUCUCCAGCUAUUUCCUUCAGAACCCAAGGGUGCAUUCCAUCAGGUCCAGGAGAUUUAUCCACCCUCAGUCCAUUAAGCUUCCUGAGCACCUUCUCAGUCGUAAUUUUCACUGCACGUACUUCACUUCCCUGAUACUUUUGAAUGUCCGGUAUACUGCAGAUGUCUUCCAUUGUGAAGACUGAUGCAAGAUAUGCAUUCUGUUCCUCUGCCAUCUCUGUGUCUCUUAUUACAGUACCUCCAGCAUCAUUUUCUAUUGGUCCUAUAUCUGCCCUUAACUCUCUUUUAUCCCAUAUACACUUAAAAAAGUAUCUUCUUUGAUAUUAGACACCAGCUUCCUUUCAUAAUUCAUCUUUAUCUUCCAAAUGACCUUUUUAGUUUCCUUCACGUUUUUAAAGCUUCCCAAUCCUCUAUCUUCCCACUAGCUUUGGCUUCCUUCUUUUGCAUUUACUUUGGCUCUGACUUCACUUGUCAGCCACGGUAGUGUCUGUCUUCCAUUCAAGAAUUCCUUCUUGUUUAGAAUAUAUUUGUCUUGCACUUCCCACAUUUUUCAUAGGAAGUCAAGCCAUUGCUUCUCUGCUGUCCUUCCUGCUAUUGUCCCUUUCCAGUCAACUUUGGCCAGUUCCUCUCUCAUGCCAUUGUAAUUUCCUUUAUUUCACUGUAAUACCAAAUGUUGGAAUUUAGUUUCUCCUUCAAAAAUUUCAAAAUGAACUCAAACAUAUUGUGUUCACUGUUCCCCAAGGGUUCCUUAACCUUAAGCUCUCUUAUCACCUCUGGAUCAUUGCACAACAGCCAAUCCGGUACAGCUAAUCCGCUAGUGGGCUCAGCAACCUGUUCUAAAAAGCCAUCCCUGAGACAUUUUACAAACCCACUGUCUUGACGUCCAGUACUGACCUGUUUUUCACAAUCCACUUUCAUGUUAAAAUCCCCAACGAUUAACGUGACAUUACCCUUCCGACAUGCAAUUUCUGUCUCCUGUGGUAAUUUGUAAUCCACAUCCUGACUGUCAUUUCUUACCUCCAACCAUACAGACUCUACACUUUCCAAUCCUAUGUCAUUGCUUUCUGAUGAUUUAAUACUAUUUCUUACACACAGACACACACCAUCCCCUCUGCCUGCUAAACUAUCUUUCUGAUGCACUGUAUAUCCUUGGACAUUCAGCUCCCAAUGGCAGCCAUCCUUUAGCCAAGUUUCAGAGAUAUCCACAACGUCAUACUUGCCGAUCUGCAGCUGAAUUUCAAGAUCAUCCACUUUAAUUUUUAUGCUGCGUGCAUUCAGAUAUAUCACUUUCAGUCCAGUAUUGAACGAACUUCAGCGAGUAAACACUGGGGACAAACUGUACAACUGCUCAGACUGCGGGAAGGAAUUCAGUCAUCGCAACUGAAUGAACAUCACUGAGUUCACACUGAGUAGAAGCCGUUCAUCUGUUCCGACUGGGAAUGAAUUCACACUUCCAUCACCUACACACCAGAUUGUUUUCAGAGGUGAGAGGACGUUGACCUGCUCAGACUGUGGGAAGGCAUUCACUUAUCCACGCUGCAGAGACAGUGGUGGGUUCACACUGUGGUGAGGGUGGUAACCUGGUUUGAAUGUGGGAUGGGUUUCAAUCAGUCAUUCCUCGUUGUGUCACCCUACUGAGCUUUGACGCAUCACUAACUGGAGAGAUCAGAAGCUUGAGAGAACGUAAUUCACUCAGGUUUGCAAAUCGAGUAUUAACGGCAGUGGUUCAGGGCAGGUUAUUUUUGAACUUUCAGCAGUGGCCAAUCAGCAUUCAGGAUCGAUUAUCAAGAAGAUCUGAAAGUUGGGCAGGAGCAAGUGAAGCGGACAGUGUCAGAGUGGACAGAGUCAGAGUGGAGACUUUGAGGCUUUACCACUUUGAGGUUUCAGUAAAGAGGCCCUUCACUCAGAGAAGGUAGAAUUAGGAUGGAGAUGGAAUUUUGCCACCUUCUUUGCAUUUGCUCAGUUAGGACAGUGGAGAUGCUAGGCAGGAUAGUGGAAAGUUCCUCUUGCGGGAUGUGGGAAGGCAGGAGACCCCCCUGUGUCCCUGAUAAUUACACCUGUGAGAAGGGCAUCCAGCAGCAGUUCCGAAUAAUCCACAUUCAGGAGCUGGAGCUGAAACCUGAUGAACUCCAGAUUAUUCGGGAGGCUGACAUAUGAUUGGCAGGGCAUAUAGAGAGGUAGUUGCACCCAAGGUGCACGGCACAGGAAACUGGAUGACAGUGAGGAAGGGGAAAUGGGGAAACAGUGAGAGCUGUGUAGCCCCCUGUCCAUCCCCCUGAACACAUAUAUCACUUUUGAUACUGUUGGGGAUGGUAGGAUGACCUGGUAAAGGAAAGUCACAGCAGUAGGGUCUCUGGAGCUUAGUCUGGCUCUGAGACUAAGAAGGGAAGUGUGGAGAAGAGGCAAGCUGUGGUCAUAGGUGAUGACACUGACUGGAUGUUCUGUGUUUGAGAACGAGAUUCCAGGAUGUUAUGUCGUCUGGGACAUCUCUGGUCAAUCGCUCAGCAUUCCUAAAGAGGGUGGACAGUGAAUAUCGUGGUCCAUGUGGGGACCAAUGAGAUGGGCUGGUAGAGUAAUGAGGUUCUGCAAAUGCAGUGCAGAGAGUGGGGUGCCAAUUUAAAGGGCAGCUCGUCCAGGCCUGUGAUCUCAGGACUGCCACCUGUGCCACCUGUCUGGAAUAGGAAGAAUAUACAGUUUAACACAUGACUAAAGAGUUGGUGCUAGAGGGAGGGCAUAAGACUUUUGGAUCAUUUGAGACCGUGAAGAUUGCUGUGUGCCCAGGAGUGUGAGUGCAUUGGGGAAGAGGGGACAUCGUUGAUGGAGGCUGAAGUGGGCUGACAUGCCUCUCUCUGUCCCUCACAUACACAAACACAUGCAAUGGAGUGUGAGGGAGGGGACUGAGAAGGGAAAAGGUGAAUGAGGAAGAUGGAGGUAGGGCUCCUUCAUAAAGUCUCAGACUCACCCAACCCUCCCCCUCUGGAAUUGAUAACGUUCCCUUCACCAGGUUGGGGGUGGGUAUUGAGUUACAUUGCCAACAUUUUUAUUAAUUGUUUGAUAGCAUCUGGUUAACACACUUUGAUAAUGAACUUACUUUGAACAUGAACUUUGAAAUGUAUUGUUUGUAAAACAUGUACUGAUGAGAAAUGGUCUCAGUGAAGGUCCAAGAGUGGAAAAUGAACCGGUGUUCAGCUCCACUUCUCCGUGCCAGACAAGAACCCCUGUCUGAGUCUGUCCCAUCUGUCUGUGCUUGACACAUCUCACUCUAAAUUUUCCACUUUCUGUCCCUGUCCCAGUGUCUUUUCUUUCUCAACCCCAUUCCCCUGCCUUUUUCCCAUAACCGUUGACACCUUUACUAAACUAGCACAGAUCAACCUCUGUUUUAAAUAAACCCGAUGACUUGGCCUCUGAGCCAUGGCAAUGAACUCUACAGGUCCCUCAUCCCUCCAAAUGCAUGCUGUCUGGUGUUAGACAUUGUGACCCGGAAGGUUAAAAAUGGCAGCUAUCUACUCUCUCUAUAUCUCUCGUAAUCUGAUCAAGCUCUUUCAGGGUCACCCUGAUCCUCCUCCACUCAACAGAAAACAGUCCAAAUUUGUCCGAACUCUCGUUACACAGUAGCUCGUGCCUCUAUUCCAGACAACGUCCUGGUGAACCUCUUCGUUGCUGCCCUAAACACCAGCGGCGUAACGGGCUUUAAAUAAGUAAAUGGUGGGUUGUUGAUUAAUGAGGGUGUCAAAAGUAACGGGUAGAAAGCAGCAGUAUGGAUUUUAGAGGGAAAAUCGAAUGGUGGAGAGUACUCAAUGGACGGAAUGAGUAUUUCAGUUCCUAUGACGAGCGGUAUAGCGGUGAGAUGCCGAAGCGAUGUGGAGGUAGCUGCAGGUGCAGGUAAGAGUGGGUUUCCAGGUAGGAGAUAGUGUUAAGCACCUUUUCACUACAUCUUCCAACCAACAACAAUUAACUCAGAGUGGAUCAAUCAUAAGUGCUUUUGUUUUUACUUGAAGAUGGGAUGAUUAGCAGUGCACAAGAGCUGGUAUUAGCUUUAUCCAAAAACUAAACACAGACAGUACAGUCACUCCGAUCAACACAAGUUCUAGGACAGGGUGCAUUCUGUUGUCUGCGGAAUCAGUGUAUUUGGCAUUCUUUCAGUAACACAGCUGCGGGUCUGCAUUCAAGAGCUCAGGUACCAUCAGCAUCAUGUUGCACCAACAUUAUGAGCAAAGCACUCUAAUACAAUACAGAUUCCAGCUUGUUACAGACAAAAAUGCCAUUUUGGUACAAGAAGUGAAGUACAUUUCCACAGUGGUGGAAAAGCAUUCCUACACCCCUCGCCCACUGUGAAAACAGGCGAAAAUCUGCAGAUGCUGGAAAUCCAAGCAACACACAAAAUAUCUUUUCAAUGAUUUUAAGUUCUGUGGCCCCGAUCAUCUUAUUUUUACUAUAGAUACCCAGUGCACAUACACAUCCACCUCCCACCAGGAAAGUCACAGAGCUCUCCACUUCCAUCUGAACAUCAAAACCAACGAGUUUCCUUCCACUACCACUCUCCUGCUCUUUGUUUUGCUUGUCUUCUUUGUUUGAGCUGAGCUCUACUGUCACUUCUUUCUGUCAUCUUGCAGUUGGUCAAGUGUGUGAAUGAUUUGAUGGAGAACAUAGGUCGAACAGUUAGUGAAUUUGUGGAUGUCACCAAAACCGGUGUGUGGUAGAAGUGAGGGUUGUCUGAGGGAAGUGGGAUGGAGACCAGCUGAGAAAGUCAGCAUAGGAUAGCAGGCGGAACUUUACUCUUACUCAAAAGCAGGUCUUCAGGAGGUCAAAAUAAGACCAUUAUUCAGAUGAAGAUACAGCUUCCCUUGGGGCUCAGGAUUCAAAUAGACAAGACUGGUACACUACAGUUCAGCUCACCAGGUUGGAGGGAACCAAGACAGAAUAUAAGGUGUUGCUGCUCCAUCCUGAGCAUGACGUCAUCAAUUAGGGAAACAAAUCGUCGACCAGGUUCACACCAUCCGCCACAAGCAGAACUUCACAGUGCCAGACAUUUCAUUACUGAUUCCCAUUCCCGUUCUGACCUGUCGAUCCAUGGCCUCCUCCUGCAUGGUGAUGAGACCCCUGUCAGGGUGGAGGUGCAGCACCUUAUAUUCGGUCCGAGUACUCCAACCUGAUGGCAUGAAUAUUGAUCUCACCUUCUGAUAGACCAUCCCCACCUCCACCCUGCCCUCCUCUAUUCCGCAGUCUGACCUUUUACUUCUCAACUGCCUAUUACUCCCCCCGGGUCCCCUCCUCCUCCUCUGUCUCUUCUCUGGUCCAUUCGCCUCUCCUAUCAAAUUCUUUCUUCUCCAACCCUUGACCUUUCCCACCCAUCUGUCACCUUCCAGCUUGCCUCUUUCCCCUCCCCAUUUUUAUAUUCUGGUUUCUUCUGGUUACAUCCAGCGCCCAGGGCAUGCCCUUUUCUUACUGUUACUAUCGGGUAGGAAGUACAGAAGCCUGAAGGCACAUACUAGGUGAUUCAGGAACAGCUUCUUCCCCUCUGCCAUCUGAUUCCUAAAUGGACAUUGUACCCUUGGACACUAACUCACUUUUGUAAUAUACUCUAUUUCUGUUUUUUGCAUGUUUUAAAAAUCUCUUCAACACACAUAUACCGUAAUUGAUCUACUUAUUCAUGACUAUUAUUUUUAUUUCAUUUAUUAUUAUCAUUUUCUAUAUUAUAUAUUGCAUUGAACUGCUGCUCCUAAGUUAAAAAAUUUUAACGUCACAUGCUGGUGAUAAUAAACUUGCUUCUUAUUCUGA